AUGGCAUCCCAACCGCGGCCACGGCUCCCAAACGAGCUCAUCGAUGACAUCUUCAAGCAAGUCGAUUGUGCGGACAAGGCACAGUGCGCGGCAAUCUGCCGGACAAGCAAGGCGGGGAUGAGGGCGAUGUGCGGUUUGAACGAGGAGGGAGAAGCAGUUGGACCGUCCGUCAUGUACCACACUUUGGCAUACAACAACUCCAAGGGCAAGAGCGGCGUCGAGGGCUCUGGCAUGGUGCUUCUGAUUCGGACACUCAUCGAGCGGCCUGCUCUGGCCGAACAAGUAUCAAGGCUGAAGAUUACAAAGGAAUCCACGUUUUCUGACCCGCAGCGUGGAAUGGACCAGCCGGACCUCAACAUCUGGCUCCAAAAGUUGAGCUGCAUGGCACUUCCAAUCUCAAUGAUCAUCGAGAUCUUUGGGUCCUUGACCUUCAGAGAGAUCAAGUCACGCUACCUGGGAGCGGGACUGCAUCAUUUGAUACUGGUCAUUAUCUGCACAAGGUUGCAGUCUUUCGACGUCGUAGGGCUUAGUGAGAACAUUUCAGUGACAUUUGGACUCAACUAUUGGAGUCACAGAUUGACGGCGCUGCGGAAGGUCCCGCCCAACAACGGACAGCUGGGCAAGUGUGGACUGGACUCGAUCGAGCACUUUACUUACCGUGAUCACUCCGCGAGCUUCGGUCAACUGGGGUUUGCGCUGCCUGGUCUGCGUAGACUGACGAUCUAUGACAUGGCCGCGUGGGAAUUCCAUACGUACAUGUUUCACCAAGGCAAGAAUUUUGGGAGCACCAUCGAGCAACUCGACAUGCUCGGAUGCUAUCCGGGGAYCUUGCGUCCGUCGGUUUUCUCAAUAAAUGGUGCGAAAGAAGGACUUCUCUGCCGUUGUCCGUCCUUGAAAAGGCUCUACGUGGUAUGGCCAGCCACAGGGGAGCCUGAGUAUUUUUGGUUCUGGGAUGAUGUGGCUCGCCAGCUGGGUCGCCUAUGCGAGGAGAUCUGUUUCGACACCAGCGCCACAUCAUAUGAUGAAUUUCCAGAUCUCGAUGAUAACGCUUGUGGUGUCAAGGCAAACAAGUUCUCUGCUGCCAACAACGUCGCCUCAGAUGGGCAUCCAGAUACUUUGGAAGACGCGGGGCACGACGUACAGAUUUGCCGUUUUGGUUACAUCAAAGACCUCACAAACCUUCAGAAACUGAGACUUCCCAAGGUAGCGUGCGUUGGUUAUGGGCCGGACGACAUCGAUGAUGAAGGCAACUUGUGGGAAAAGUCGCCUGGAGUGAUUCAAAACUUCCACCUUUUCUUGGCUGAAUCACUUCCGGACGAUACCUCGCAGUUGGAGUUCGAGAUCGUCUGUCCCACCUAUCUUCUCUCCAACGAAGACCAAGCGCUACUCUCGUACGCCGCGGCAUACAAGGAGUUCAAGAGUAUCACCGUCUACAACUGUUCGAAGACCGCUUGGGUGUCAAGUCUGGAUCAGCCAACGGAAGAUCAUGUGAUGACCGGAGCUCCUCGCUGA